AUGGGCGGCCUGACCGCUGCGCUGGCCUUCGCCAAAAAGGGUUUCAAGAGCGUCACCGUGUACGAGACGGCCUCAAACCUGGGCUUCGUGGGCGCCGGCAUCCAGCUUGCCCCCAACAUGCUGCGGAUAUUGGACCGCUUAGACUGCUUGAAGGGCACGCGGAUCGAGAGGGAGGCCACAAACAUCACGGCGACGAGCAUCGUCCAGGGUUCGACAAACAAGGAGCUCGCGCAUGUCGACAUGCCCGACAUUGAGGCCAAGUAUGGGUACCCGCACAUGACGGGCCACCGUGAGAGCUUGGCCGGCGGUCUGUACGAGGCCUGCCAGAAGGAGAGCGCCAUCACCUUCAAGUUCGGCUCGCAGCUGGCUGGCGUGUCCGCGUUCGGGGCCAAGCCCCGGUUCACCAUCAAGCCCCGGGACGGCGACGAGUACACGGUCGAGACCGACGUGCUCGUGGGCGCCGACGGCAUCAAGUCGCAGACCCGGUACGACAUGCUGCGGGAGCUCAAGGUCGAGGGCGAGGUCGAGGACACGGGGCAGGCCGCGUACCGCAUCAUGUUGACGCGCGAGCAGCUGUCUCCUUACCCGGAGCUGAUCGAGCUGCUCGACUCCAACUGCGCCAUGCGCUGGAUCGGCGAGAAGCGGCACAUCGUCGCCUACCCCAUCAGCAGCCACAACAUCUACAACCUGUCGACGGCGCAGCCCGACUCCAACUUCGCCGCCGCGACCAACGCCACCUACACCACCAAGGGCGACAAGAGCGCCAUGAAGCAGGUCUACGCCGACUUCUGCCCCCUGGUCCAGACCAUGCUGGACCUGGUCCCCGAGGGCGAGGUGUGCGAGUGGCGCCUGCGGUCGCACAAGCCGCUGGACCAGUGGACGCACGGCAACGUCGCCCUGGUCGGCGACUCGUGCCACCCGACGCUGCCGCACCUGGCGCAGGGCGCCGCCCUCGCCAUGGAGGACGCCGCGACGCUGGCCGAGACGCUGAGCCUGGUGCCCGGGGACGGCGCCGACGCCGACGCCGUGGCCCGCGCCCUGCGCGUCUACGAGGCCCUGCGCAAGGAGCGCGCCACCACCCUCGUCGACCUCGCCGCCUUCUCGGGCCGCACGCUGCACCUGGGCGAGGGCAAGGCCAAGGAGGAGCGCGACCGCAUGUUCGCCGAGGCCAAGGAGAAGGGCAAGCCCGUGCCCGACAAGUGGGCCAGCCCCGAGGUGCAGGCCAUGAUCUACGGCCACGACUGUGUCAAGAACGCUCAGGAGCAGUUUGCCCAAUUAUAUGCCGGCCUGUCGUAG